AGGAUAUGAAUUUAAUAGGAUUCAAUGGAAUGAUUUAGCAGUUGCUUCAAGUAUGAAAGUUAUAGAUAAACAGAAUGAGGAGCGUCGAGCUGAAAGAUAUUUUCAAGAUAAAAUUAAUACUGCCUUUACAACGCUAGAAAAUAAGAUACGCAAUCGAAGUCAAGCAAUACCUGGAACAAAAAAAGAAAUUAUUUCGACUACUGAAUCCUCUGAAGAUGUCUUGGAUUUGUAUAAGAGAACUGAUAAUACUUUAAAAGAAAUUAAAGCAUCUGGUCGUCCUCUUAUUUCCAAAUAG